UUCUGCCGCAGACAGCAGCAGCAGUGAUUCGGCAACGCAGAGUAACAACAAAUAGCAAAACAAAUCUCUAUUUGAAUUUUAAACCAUGGCGAUGUUUUAAGCAAUGCCUUUUGAGGAGGUACAUGGAGAGGAGGAGUGCCUGGUUUAAAUUCCCUACUUCUCCCAUGAAGCCAGCAGGAAGCGUCAUACCACUGUGUGUGAGGAGGACCCAGUGUCCCAUGUUGCAUUAGUGUCUGUGUGAAAUGCUGGCCUGUCUGCCAGGGCCAGGUGACCUCUCCCUCCAGCUUCUCUCACACACGCAGAUGAACACUGGACUUCAGAAAUGGGACACUACACAGAGGAUGAGAUCCGCUCAAUAUCCAACCCCUGCAGAAUUGGAUGCCUAUGCUAAGAAGGUUGCCAACAACCCCCUGACCAUUAAGAUCUUCCCCAACAGCGUCAAGGUCCCCCAGAGGAACCACGUGCGCCGCACAGUCAACGGGCUGGAUACCUCUUGCCAGCGCUACAGCCCCUACCCCCCCUCUCAGGCCAGCGCCAAGGCCGGCCUCCUUGCCAUCAUCAAGAUGCCCGUCAUCAAGGGCAUCCUCAAAGACUUUGAUGGCAGCCGGGUACGCCUGCAACCCUCCGAGGUGAUCAUGAACCCCCCUGGCCCCGGAGGGCCAUACGCAGCAGCAGCCGCCUCGGCCAGCACUUUAAACCUACACCACCCCCCUUCCCAAGGCCAGGGCAUGCCCCGGCAGAGCCUGAACCCUCACCCUGGGAGCCAGACUCACCCUCAGACUCUACAACAGACUCACUCCCAGCAGCAGGGUCAGUGCCAGGUCCUCAGACACCCACCCUCCAUGCCCCAGCAGCACCCAGAGCAGAGUCUGCCCAGGGCCCAGACUCUGUCCCACCCCCCAGCCCUGGGCCACCCCCAGCCUCCCUCUGGCCCCACUCUCCUGCUCCAACAGCAGCAGCAACAGAACCUUCAGCAGCAGGGGCAGCCUCCUCCCGGCCAUCAGGGGGGCCGAAAGCUGCCAGACGCCGACGCGCCGCCUAACGUGACCGUCUCUACCUCAACAAUUCCUCUGUCCAUGGCCGCCGGCCUGAACCAGGGCCGCCAGCCAGACCUGAGCAGCAUCGUGCACCAGAUCAACCAGUUCUGCCAAGCCCGGGCCCAGGGGGCUGGGGCCACCUCAAUGUGCGAGGGCCAGAUCGCGAACCCCAGCCCCAUCAGCCGCAACCUCCUCAUCAACGCCAGCUCCAGGUUGUCCAUGCACAGCCACCCACACCCCAACGUCUGUCCCCCCGGGCUGCCCCCACACCCCAACUGCAUCAUGUGUCCUGCGAACAAGGCUGCUGCCCCCUCUCACCCCCAAAACAACAUGGCUGCUUCUAACAUGAUGCCUGUUUACCACAAUGAUAUCAAACAGCAGCAGCAACAACAGCAUCAACAACAGCAUCAACAACAUAAUCACCAACAGCAGAUGCGCUGGAACCAGCAGCAGUUGGCUCAUCUACAGCACAUGCAGCAAGAUGGCGGGGGCCACCCCUGCAAGCACCCCUCUCACAUGGGCUACCCCCCAGAGCUGUGUGUGGGCCAGCCAUACAGCCUGAAGCCUCCUAUAGAGAAGCCCACCCCCUCUCCCCCCAACAACAACAAUGGCAUGCCUGGGGGUCCACUGGCCCACUACACCAGUGGUGGCCACUAUUUCCAACAACACGCUGUGUGGAACAGCAGUAUCCUGCCAACGCCCAACAGCGACAGCUCCGGGUCUCAGGACCUGUCCAUGCCAUUCCAUGGUGGGCCCCCAGGGGGCUCCACCACCCUAGACUGCAGUGGGCCCCCUGGGGGAGGCCAUUACAGGCCCGGGGCGAGCUCCUCCUCCUCCGGCCAGACUAGUCUGGUGCAAACGGCAGAUUACUUGGGCGGGGACUUCCAGACGCCCUGCUUCCGAGAUCACAAUCUGGGGCUGAUGGGAAAGAUGCACAGGCCUCCCAUGAACAGGGUGGGGCCCGAAGUUGGCCCCGGGGACGGCAGAACCGCUCACAUCCAGCACCCAGGGUACAGAUAAAAUAAGCUACGGCCGGUCUUGUCUACACAGCAGUUAUCGAAAACCUUCUUUUAGUCUUAAAGGAAAAAUAUGAAAUAUAAUUAAAUUAAUAAAUUAAGUAAAAAUUUCCGCUAACAUUAAAAAGAGGACAAAUUAAUAUAUAAUAAAGAGCAGUGUUGGUUUUUCUUUUUCUUGGAGUCUAUCUUGCAAGUGAUCAGUUGAUUUUGUAAAUGAGUGCUUUCACUAGGCACCCUCUAGAGAGCGUUUCUUAUGUGAUUGUCAUCAUUCCCUACCUUUUUUCCAUCCUACCUGUCUAUCAGUGUGCCUGGAUCUAAGGAUAGAGAGUUAUUUUUACUUCAGAUCUGUCAUUCCUUCAAUUUCUGCAGAGGAUGGAUGAAAACUCAUUGACGCUUCAUGGAGGAAAGUAAAAACAUUCAUUUGUUUGUUUUUACUGAGUCGUGUGGGGAUUUCUCCUCUGCGAUUUGUUUUUUUGGACAAGUGGCUAAUGUUCCCUUUUUGCAUUUACUUCUGAAACUUGUAGUGACAUCAAGAUUAAAAACUUCUUGAAAUCACCUUGCAGACGAGAUAAUGAAUGGUUCAGUGUGAAACUGAAACUAUCAGUCACUGGACACUACAAAGGACAGACGGAGACACAUGUACAAAGAGGCUUUUUCUUUCUUUAGAAAUGUAUUUAUUUGUGAAAUAGCACUGUUUUCUGAAUCAGGUCACUGGUCAAUGUUGAUUCCUCGCUAUCAUCAAAGUAUCUAAUCUAAUCAGGUUGAUGUUUGUACAGAGCAUAGAUAUAUACUGUAUAGACAGUGUAGACAUCUAGAUCCAGCAGGGAGCAACAUACGUGGGGACUGACUGGGGGAGCUGACCAACGCGCUCUUGCUCAAAAUGCUGCAAUGAAUUCAGGUGUCUGUUACAAACCAUUUGUCACCAAUGCCAAUUGAGAUUGGCAACAUGAUUGUGGAUUAAUAUAUUUUUAUUUUAAUGGAGUGAAAAAAAUAAUUAAUUCUGUCUGACGCCUUAAAUGGCCAAAAUCACAUAAUUGACAAGGAAACCUUAUUUUAAAAGAUGUAAUUUUAUGUUUCCUAUCAUUUUUCGUGAACCCGAAAACAACUACUUGAAUUGUUGAAAUGCGAUGUUCUGUUUGGCAGUUGUUUAGUGAAGGCAGUGGGCUAGUUAGGUUUAGUCCUGCUAUCUACUGGAGUGAAAUAAAUAUAAUUGUUACUAAUAUAAUGUUGUUUUAGAAACUAACUAUGAACCAAAUUAGAGUUUUGAUCCUGAGUGUAUUUUGUUUUUAAUCACUAAAGCUAACUUUUUAAUCACUAAAGCUAUCACUAAAGCUAACUACUGAUUCUGGUAUGAAGUCUGCUGAAAAUACCAAAUUGAUCACUUGCAAGAUCACUUGGAGUUUAAGGAAAUUGACUAACUUAAGUGAAACAGCAAAUGCGUUGUUUAUUUUAUUUUACACUGGCUUACCUACUAUACUACUGUAACUUUUUAAAGUGUAAUGAUUGUGUGAGAAUGAUGCCUGCUGAUGCAGGUUGAGCAUAGCCGUGUGUGCAUGUGCGUUUUGUAUGUAUGCAGAUGUGAGUGUGUGUCUGUACGUGAGAGUGGUGGGCACACUGACCUCCACUUUCUGUUCGCCUCCUUCCCUAACAGCCCUUAAAGCCUUAAGUAUUUGGUCCUUGGACUUUCCUUUGAAAACAUGCAUGGUUAUAACAAAAACCCAAAAUGAUGAUUAUGAGAAUGACGAUUGCAAGGAUACAUACAGAGGACCCGCAAUUUCUGUUUGUUAAUUUGCCUUUUAUUUUUAUGGGAGUUUUUGUUGAACAGGAAAGGCACUGUAUGUGUAGUUACUGGGCUGUAAACAAACCAUUUCCCCCCCCAGUUUCAAAGCUUCAGUUGUGACUUGUUUAUUAUACUUGAUUUACUUGUUGUUUAAAAAAUUGUUGUCUUUGUUUCCUUUACUGUUGCUGUGAAAUCGAGGAAGGCUUAGUAAGUCUUUCUUUUACAUGUCACUCUGUGGCUGUACGAAAGAUAAAAAGGCGAGAGAGUGAGUUGUGCUACACUUUUUGUAAUAUUGUAAUAAUAAAAUAAAGUUCUAAUUUAUGCUUAGAAAUGUGUUUUAUGGAUGUCCUGUUCUUUUGAUGCCCAAAUGCCGUUUCUCCUAUUUGAUGAGUCGUACAGAAAUUGCAAAUAUGAGUAUUUGAAAUACAUAUGCUCACAACCUUUUACUCAAUGAGAACAGAUGGAGGAAAUUGGACAUUCUUCCACCUUAUGUUUGUCUCCAAAACAUAUACCUGUCUGCUCAUUGCCCUACAAAUCUGCAUGGGUUACCCCCUGAGUGCUUGAAUUAUUUCUUUAGAUCAGACAGUAUUGCAAGUUUUUUUUUCUCCAUUUGAGUCCCUGAGAUUUAAUUUCAACAGUACUGUGUGUGAAAUAAAGCUUUACCUACAUCAUCA